CCUCAUUACACCCCUCCGUCCCAGUUCCUCGGUUCUUGCGUGCGGGUGUAGCGACGGGCUUUGCAGAGAAAUAACGGCGGCGAGGCCGUACGACUGCAAGGCGAUCAUCAAUGCAGCCAAACAGGAGACGCAAAAUAGAGUGGGACAGCUCAUCUGUUAGCUCACCUGCCAAAUACUGCAAGCUCACCAAAGAAGGACUGCCUCAUCCUUCUCCUAACAGCAGUGUGGCUGGCAAGACAGCUGUGUUCGGAAGGACUCAGAUCUUGUACUCUCCAAAAUCUGCUAAUAAAGAGUUCUCAAGAACUUCAUUCGCUGCAGGAGAUUCUUCCUCUGAUGAGUUUGAAAUAGAUGAGGAAAUUGGCAAUGUGGUUAAGGAGAGCCCAAGUUGUUCCUUUUCCAGUGGAGUGCAACUUGUAAAACAUCCUGCCUGUGAAAUGUCCAAGAGAAGUGUGGUUUCCUCUCAGGAAUCCUUGAAACAUGAGGUUAAUCAAGAAGCGUGCAGUGAUACAUGCCGGAACCUUGCACACAGUAGUGAAAGCAAAGGGGCAUCAAAGGCUGUAGGGGCUGAAUAUGGCCGGAAGACAGCAGGGAACCCGGGAGCUGCAUUAAUAUACCGAAAAGCUCUGCUAGGUGCAUUAGGGAACGCACUAACAGCCAAACAAGAGAGAGCUUCUCCAAAUGGAAUUCACAAGAACAGCAUUCAUCACCGAAAAGAAGCUUUUGGAUCAGUGGACAACUUGAGACAUCGCUCUGCACCUUUAAAAAGUGUAGAAGAACCCAGUUGUAGGAAAACUACAGAAAAAGAACAAAUUAAUAUCUGUAUUCAGCAAGAUAAAAAGGACUCUUUUGGGUCAGAUGGUGGCUCAAGACAUGUGUCUGUAGUUUCAAGACGGGAAAGAGAAACAGAACUUAAACUGGAAUCCAAUUUUGAGAAAGCUAGUGUAGAAGAAGAAAAUGACACUUCUGACCACAGUGGAAAAGAGAGUGCUAGAUCAGAAUGCAGCUCAAGGCAUACCCCUGAAGCAUUGAAAUUUAAAGACAAACCAGAACUUAAAGAACUGAAAAGCCAGAAAAUUUCAGCAAAAGAGGAAACUGAUUUCUCUGUUAAAAGGAAUGAAAAAAAACUUCGUACAUUCAACAGCAAUUCUAACGAAGUGGCUAACUUUUCAAGACUUGAUGGAGAGCAAAAACAUAAACAAGUGUCAAUCAAACGGCAAAGUCAAAUUGAUGAAGAAAAUUAUUGCACCAGACCGAGUAAAAAAGAUUCUUGGCAACCUGAAAACAACUCAAAGAAUGUCUCUAAAGUUUCUAGACAUGAAGGCAAACGAGUGUUCAAGUCUGGAAGCAACAGUCAAACAACUACUGAGAGAGAAUCUGGUGCUUGCGCAAAGCAGAAAAAUGUGACAAAAGAACAGUGUACUUCCUCCAGUUCAGUUGACACACACAAUGAAACUAAGAGUCAGUUUGAGAAUUUCCAGAGGACAGUUCUUGUCAAACCUUCUCCAAAACUUAUACUUGUGGAUGAACACAAUUCAGAAAUAGAUCAAAAGAUUCUGGAGAAAGAAAAAGAGCCUUUAGAUGGAAGUGAUUGGUCUGAUACAGAGGAUGCAGAACCAUUGGCUACUUUCUCACAAGAGGAUUCCAUGCAGAAACAAAAUACUUCAGAAACCAUAGACACUUCAGCGUUGGCCACAGAGUUUGUAAUGUAUCCUCCUCACCUGUACAGUCACAAGAUGAGUGACUAUGCAAAAUAUUGGAUGAAGACCCCCAAGCCAGCACAUUGUAAUUCUUUUUCAAGCCUAGGUGAAGAUACUUCAUUUGGUAGUUCACAUUCUAGUAAUGUAUCUUUAGAUACCUCAUUUGCUAUUUCAUCAAUUACUUCAAAGGAUAAAAUACCUUCACUGGAAGAUGUAUAUAGUAAAUCAUGUUUACUUGGUUGUUCACCAGUCUGUGAAAAGAAAAAUAGACGGCAGAGUAUGGAAGUGGGAUCACACAUUCCUAUUUUCUCCACACCACGCAGGUCAGACUCAUUUGUUAUUAACUCUGCAAACCGAGAUUUACCGGAUGACCUACCUAGAUAUUUAGAAGAAAAAUUUAUUGACACCCACUGCCAUCUGGACAUGAUGUAUUCAAAAAUGGCUUUUAGAGGCACCUUUUCUAAAUUUAGAAAGACUUACAAUAGCACCUUUCCUGAAGAAUUUGAAGGCUGUAUCGCUGACUUUUGUGAUCCUCGUACCUUGAAAAACAAUUUAUGGGAAGAUUUAUUAAAGGAAGACAUGGUUUGGGGGGCAUUUGGCUGUCAUCCACACUUCGCACGACAUUACACAGAUCUUCAUGAAAGAAAUCUCUUACAGGCAAUGAGGCACCCCAAAGCUAUUGCAUUUGGAGAAAUGGGAUUGGAUUACUCCUAUAAAUGUAGUACUGAAGUCCCAACUCAGCACAAGGUAUUUGAAAGGCAGCUGAAUCUAGCUGUAUCUUUAAGGAAGCCAUUGGUAAUUCAUUGCAGAGAUGCUGAUGAUGAUCUAUUGGAUAUCAUGAAAAAAUGUGUACCGAAAGACUACAAAAUACACAGACAUUGCUUUACGGGUAGAUACAGUGUCAUAGAACCAUUGCUGGACUACUUUCCAAACAUGACUGUUGGAUUCACUGCAUUGCUGACUUAUCCAUCAGCAAAUGAGGCUAGGGAAGCUGUUAAAAAAAUUCCAAUAAGCAGAAUAGUAGUAGAAACUGAUGCACCUUAUUUUCGUCCCAGACAGGUUCCAAAAACUGCAUGUCAGUAUUCACACCCAGGAGUUGCUUUGCACACCGUGAAAGAACUUGCCCGCCUCAAGGAAGUGCCAUUAUCUAUCAUGUUAGCUGUUCUAAGACGAAACACCAACAAAGUAUAUGACUUAUAGGAAAGUGCAAGAAAGUGUGGAAAUGAGCUACAGAUUGAAUGCUGCUUUGAAGUAAUCGAGUCCCUUAAAAGUGAUUAUUUUGUAAUGCAGGUAUUUGCGGUUCACAAUGCUGCUGUUAAGCUUCGGGAUAUUGAAAUAUCUGAAAGGAGUAAGGUAACAAGUGCUUAGAAGAAAAAGGUCACACCAUGAUUUUGUUUGAGGCCUUAAGGUGCCUUAUUGUUGAUUUUAGUGAGAAGUGACUUUCCUUUUAAUUUAUUCGUCCCUGGAGGCAACAAAGACAACACAGUAUUGGGUUUUUAAUUUUUGUUUCAAUUUAUAUUUUUACGCUCAUGUUUCAAGUUUAUAAUUGAACAUUUUAAAAGGUCAGCCUCCAUCACAUACGACAAACCCAGGUAUGGUUGAAUUGAAGAGUAGUAACUGAGCCUCCUCACAAAAGAGUGCUUUUAAACCAUAAUGGCCAUAUCUAAAUGUUUCAGAGCAGGUUACCAAGUAAUUGCCGUAGUGUGCCUCCUUUGUUGUUCACCACAGUUAAAAUGCUUUUACAGCUGUUAAUGUGUUGUAGAAAUAUUCUGAAAGGAGUAAUUAAGUGCAUUUCCUGUGUCUGAUAGCCAAAAUUCUUUACAUGUCUCUUAGCACAAUGGAGCUUUUCAAACAGUAGUUGAAAACUGUGGCAAAAAAUCAUUUUUAACAAGAUCUGAGACUGUGGACAUUGUUUAAGGAGCUAAUGAUGGAAGACACUGUGAAGGAGAAAACCAAGUGUGUGGAAAGUGAAAAUAGAAAUGUCAAGAUUUUAAUAUGAAACCAUGGUUAAAACUUUAAUUUCUUUUUAUUAGGCCAGUUUUAACCUCUUCAAUUGAUUCGUUUGAUAAGGGGAAAUGAUUUCUCUGUAAUUACUUUUAAGUAUUGUUUGGACUUUAAAGAGUUUAUUUGUAAAUGUAUUUUUAUAUAAAUACUGAUACACAUUAAAGAUAUAAUUGACUUCUGUUAGUGAGGCAAACAA